UGAUUCAAAAACCUAUUAAAGUUGUCUGCUUUAGGUUUGUGAUUUCUUUAGAUUCUUGAUUUCCUGUGAAUUGAUCUGAGUGGUGUGUAUGGCAUAUGCGAACCAGAAUCAAGGUGUUUUUGUUCGGUAUCAUCAAUUGAUUGAUCCUCGCUCUCUGAACCAACCUGUUACCUUCGUCACCGGACCACCCAUCGCUCUCAAUUUCAUAAACCCUAGCAGUGGGACAGUAUUGGUUCCACCCAAUCCAACCCUAGUUCCUUCUUUUGGUUUCGCUUUGGACCCAGCUUUUCUGGUUCGAAUCGAGGAGGCAAGGUCACGAUCUCUGCUUCAGUUUAUGGCAGAUGAAGGACUUGUGCCUUCUCCAGAAGAGGAAAUUAGGAGGAAAAAUGCCAUUGAGAAGCUCAAACAGAUAGUGAUGGAAUGGAUUAAGAGUGUUGCUCACAAACGUCAGCUUCACCGACAACAUACUACAGAUGCUUCUGCCACUGUAUUAACAUAUGGAUCGUAUGGCCUUGGAGUUCAUAAUUCAGAGUCAGAUAUUGAUGCUUUAUGUGUUGGCCCUUGCUUCGCUACUUUGGCAGAGGAUUUUUUUGUUGUUCUGCACAGCAUGCUUACAAGCAGACCGGAAGUAUCUGAGGUCCACUGCGUCAAGGAUGCAAAAGUUCCUCUAAUGCGGUUUAAACUUGAUGGGAUCUCAAUUGAUCUUCCAUAUGCACAACUUAAAGUAAUGUCUGUUCCUGAGAAUGUGGACAUACUCAACCCUUUCUUUCUGAGCAACAUUGAUGAAACCAGCUGGAGAAGUUUGUCUGGAGUUCAUGCUAACAAAUGCAUUCUUCGGCUUCUCCCGAACAUGGAGGUAUUCAAAUCACUGCUGCGAUGUGUUAAAUUAUGGGCAAAAAGGCGAGGAGUGUAUGGUAAUUUACUUGGGUUUUUUGGAGGAGUCCAUUUAGCUAUUCUUGCGGCAUUCAUUUGUCAAAGGCACCCAAAUGUGAGCUUGAAUGGUUUGAUUUCAAAUUUCUUUAAGACGUAUGCCUUUUGGGAUUGGCGAACUCCGGUAAUUUUGCAAGAUGGGAUGGUGCCCACGACUAUAAGUGCCAGUGAAAUACGGUCCUUGAUGCCCAUUAGACUUCCAUGCAGACCACAUGAAUAUUGCCAUUCUAAUAUCACCAAGAGCACCUUCUACCGAAUCACGACAGAGUUUCACCAAGGGCAUGCUUUGACAAAGGAUCUCCUGAGACCAGAUUUUGGUUGGGCUUGCCUAUUUGAGCCUUUUCCGUAUACAAAAAAGUACACACGAUUUGUCAAAAUAUGCCUUGCAGCUUCUGAUCAAGAUGAGUUAGGAAAAUGGGUGGGUUGGGUUAAGUCACGGUUCCGCAGCCUUCUUGUUAAGGGCACCUUGGGAUGCGGCAAUGCGCUGGAGGAGCUUCAGAGUUUUUGUGACCCCAACCCUACAGAGUAUGUUGAUGUGAAUGUAACAGAGCCGAACAUCGUGUUUUACUGGGGCUUAGGCAGGAAUGGUUUCUUGGACUUAAGGUCUGUCAAGGAAUAUUUUGUUCAGAGCAUAAGGGCGGGCUAUCAAGGCCGUACUGGAACGAUGAAGCUUUCAGUUGUGCAAGCAUCCCAGCUACCCAAGAAUGCUCAGUUUGAUAAUUAAAGCAACAAUGGGUCAAAAGCCUGUUAUGGGAAGUUAAAUUGCAAGACAGUUCCAGCGUACUCAAACUAUCUGCCACCCAAUGUUGAGUGCUUGAUCACUAAUGCAAAUCCUGAGUACCCAAGUGCUGGGGGAUAGACAGAUAGACUCUUGUAACAGCCACUUUAUGUAUCGGGGUUGUUUUGUUUUGCGAUACUUGCUUUUGGGGUUCUGGUUUACAGAUUGUUUGGUGGUGUAGUUGACACAUGUUUUAUAGUUUUUUGGGGAAAUACAAAGAUUAUAGGAGCCGGGAGCUAGACGAUUGUGAGGAAAUAUUAAAGGGUUGUAAAUCUCACGUCAAUUUGUCAAAUGUAUACAUUCAAUAGAAAAUUUACUUGUUCAUUGGGGACGAAUGUUGUCUCUGUUUAUUCAA